AUGCCAGGUGCAAGUCUCAGACCAUACGGCAUAACAUCGACGAGCUCGCGCAAGGCCCCCCCCCUUGCAUGCCAGCAUGUGCAUGAUGCUUCGGAAUGGGAGCCUUACGCGCUUGGCGACUCCAUCGUCUACCCCAGUCACGAGGAGUCCGAGUGUACUGCCCCACUGGCGUUCUUCCUGGCGGUCUCGGUCUCUUGGUGGGCUGCGCGCCAAGGUCUUGCCGUUGCCAAGAUCCAUCGGCUCCCCCCAUUCGAGGCGACCGGAAGGAAAGAGCAUUGGCUGCAAAUCGACCCCGAUGCCCUUAGAUCGAGAGCUAUGGCACCUCGCAAUAUCACUGGGACUCCGGCCUGCUCAAAUCCCGGGCGCAGCCGAGCUCCCGGUUCGAGCCUUGGCCAAGGACACAGUGGUGGACAAAGGUGUUUUGCCCAGCGGCUGCAUCUACGUCGGACAAGGCAACUACCAGCACAGGCUCCCCACUUCGCAGUGGCGCGGCCCUUGGGUGGCGGCCUGAAUUGUGAUCCAGCCGAGAGGUUGACCCGAUAUGCGGAGUUCAUCCUGACCGAGCUAUGGAACGAGCUGGACCAGCUUUGGGGCAUGACACUCCUAUGCGAUUGUCCUGUCGAGGUGCCAUGUGAAGCCGAUGUGUUGGCAGGCCUCCUCUUUGAUUGUCGUCGCGGGGAGCCUGGUGAUCACCAUUGCAAGGCAUCCGCACUGUGGUGGCCGGAGCGAAUCGCACCGAGAACGGCACUCCUGCGUGGAUCCCGAGUUGGGCAGGCGGUACCUGUCUUGUUCAGGCAGGAGGCGAUUAUCCUCCGCUUUCGCAAGCUGUUUCCAGCCGAAUGGUUUCGGGGAUUCCGCUUUCCUAUGAUCGAGGACAUCAUUAACCAGGCCCCGUUCGACUCUUUUGGCCUCUGGCUAGUCGCGCGGGGGGACGAGUGGGAGGGACCCCUCGUUCCCAUCGCCACCGAGAAGCAGCAGCGCUUUCGGCAGCGCACGGCCGAUGGACAACAGAUUGGUGCCUCCAGCCAUCGGGCGGCCAUUCCUCCGUUGCUGCCCUUUGGCCUCACAGCGGAUGAGCAUUUUGAGCAGUCCUUGCACUUGGGCACGCGGCCACUACCGACGGAAUUGCACCCAGUCUUGGACACCGACCUCAUCUUUGCGGCGGACAUGCAUGCAAAGCACAGGGGGUCCCUGCGUGCCAUUCGCCAGCAAGCCGUCGGGUGGGAGUCGGUCGGGGACGCCUGGGAGACGGGCGGCGAGGAUUGGCCGAAUGCCUAUCGUCACUCGCCAAUGUCUUCGGCGGAGGCUCGUGCCUGCGUGGUGUGUUUCUGGCAUCACGAGUGGCAACAACCGGCCUUCCAGCUGUACGCGGGAUUGUUGUUCGGUCUUCCGUUGGCCGUAACAUCUUUCAAUCGCUACUCGAGACUCGUGGAAGCGCUCGGCAGACGGCUCGUAUCGGUUCUGGUUUCCCUCUAUUUUGACGACGCGAAUUUGGGAGACUGGGCUUCUUCUCGUGGUUCAGGAAGUUCAGGCCAGUGGGCCUUCGAGCAGCUGAACGGUAUGCUGGGCACACCGUUUGCCGAGUCGAAACGUCAACCCAUGUCCAGCCGGGGGGACUUUCUUGGCCUCUCUCACGACGUGUCCAAGGCCCUGUCCGAUGGAGUCAUCAGGUUUUGGCCACGCGACCGGAUCGUCCAGAAGGUCGAGGACAUGCUUUCUGAGGCCGAGUCCAGUUCAUGCCUCCACCCAGGUCAGGCCUCGAAGCUUUAUGGAAUCCUGAACUUCUUCGAGCAAGGAGUCUAUGGCAAGGUCGGAGCUGGUAGCCUCUGGGCCAUCAAGGAGCGGCAGUAUGAGACCCUCACGCAGGUCACCCCGGACUUGCUGGACAACUUCAGGUACGUGCGAGCUGUCAUUCGCGCGAGGCCAGAGCGUCAGUUGCCGGUCUUUUCCCUCCC